UGGAGCACCGGGACGCUCGAGCGCUUGUCACGUGAUCACGCUGACACAGCCGCGGAGAGAAUCAGGAGGAACUGAGAAGUCGAAGGGGAAGAAGAGAAAAAGAGUAAAGAAAAGAAGGGAAAACCCCGUUUGGGGUGAUGUGAUGCGGCGGUGAGGAGCGCUGUAGAGGCAGGGGGCAGUAGGUGGGCAGUAGGUGGGCAGUAGGUGGUGAACUUUCAUUUUGUUGUGGUUUGUGUGCGCGGCGCUGUGGAGUGUGGAGAAUGGUGUAAUAACCCCGGGGCAGCGGUCACGGACACGGAGGAGGAGGAGGAGGGUGUUCGAGUGGGUCUGUCGGUGGGUCUGUUGUUGGAGGUGCUGCGAGGGGACACACAGCAGCGCGGUCAUGGGCGAACGCACGCCGCUGCUGCAUUACCGGCUCGCGGCCAGCGUGCACGAGGACUCCGGCGAGCAGCGAGCGCGUGAGGAGCUGUCGGAGCGCAUGGAGGGGAGGCGGAGGAGCGGCCACGGUCACGGCCAGAAACUCUCCACCUUCUCCGGGGUGGUUAUUCCCACUCUCCUCUCCAUGUUCAGUGUGGUGGUGUUCCUACGGAUCGGGUUCGUGGUGGGUCAGUGUGGACUGUACCAGGCCGUGGCUAUGUUCUUGGUUGCCUAUUUUAUCAUCAGCAUGACCGUGCUCUCCAUCUGUGCCAUUUCCACCAACGGAGCUCUGGAUGCUGGGGGAGCUUACUAUAUGAUCAGUCGAGCUUUAGGGCCGGAGUUUGGAGGCAGUAUCGGGAUUAUGUUUUUUUUUGCCAACGUGUGCGGCAGCGCCCUCUACGUGCUCGGGCUGGUGGAGGCCAUUCUCGCAACCUUUGGACGUCCUGGAGAGGGAUUAGGCCACGCCCCCGAGUACGCAGUGAUGCCGGUUGGGUAUUGGUGGUCUCUGCUGUAUGCCAGCGUCAUCCUGCUGCUGUGUGUGUUGGUGUGUUUGAUCGGUGCUCGUAUCUAUGCCAAGGCCACUUUCCUCAUCUUCAUGGUGGUGAUGGUGGUGCUCUUCACCAUCUUCAUCAGCUUCUUUGCAGUCAGACCUCGCAACAUCCCUCUUCCAAACAUUAUGGGAAACUCGAGCGUCUCCCCCACCAGUGCCAACUUUACCAGCUUCAAACUAGACACGCUGCUCGGAAACCUCAAAGCGGAUUACACAGUGGACUACACCACAGAAAUGACGAUGACGUUUGCCACUGUGUUUGCCGUUAUGUUUAAUGGCUGUACUGGAAUUAUGGCUGGAUCAACAUGUGACCUGAGGAACCCAAGUUACUCCAUUCCUCGUGGAACGAUUACUGCAGUCAUCUUCACCUUUAUCACUUACAACCUGCUCAGUCUACUGGUGGCCUGCACCUGUGACAGAGUUCUUUUACAGAGAGACUACAGUUUCCUGAGGGACAUUAAUCUUUGGCGUCCGUUCGUGACCAUCGGUGUUUACUCGUCCACUCUCUCAGCCGCCAUGAGCAACCUGAUCGGCGCCUCCCGCAUUCUGUACGCACUCGCCAGGGACGACCUGUUUGGUAAAGUCUUGUCCCCUGCGAGGAAAACCUCAGGCAACGGGAACCCCUGGGUUUCGGUUCUCAUCUCCUGGUUCCUUGUUCAGAUGGUGUUGUUCUCAGGGAAGCUGAACACCAUAGCGAGCAUCGUCACCAUCUUCUUCUUGUUGGUCUACGCUGCAGUGGAUCUGGCCUGCCUCGCUCUGGAGUGGGCCUCUGCCCCGAACUUCAGGCCUACGUUCCGUUACUUCACGUGGCACACGUGUGUGUUGGGGAUCAUCGGCUGUGGAGUGAUGAUGUUUCUGAUUAAUGCCAUCUACGCCUCGGCCAGCAUCGCCUUCAUGCUCCUCCUGCUGCUCCUCAUCCACUAUCUCAGUCCGACUAGCAGCUGGGGCUACAUUAGCCAGGCGCUAAUCUUCCACCAGGUGCGUAAGUAUCUGCUGAUGUUGGAUGUACGUAAGGAUCACGUGAAAUUCUGGAGGCCUCAGGUGCUUCUGAUGGUAGCCAACCCUCGCACUAACAUUGGCCUCAUCACCUUCAUUAACGACAUCAAGAAGAGCGGCCUUUACGUCCUCGGACACGUCCAAACCGGAGACCUGGCCCUGCUUCCCUCUGACCCGCUACAGUGUCAGUACGACUCGUGGCUCUCGCUGGUGGAUCACCUGAACAUUAAAGCUUUUGUUAAUCUGACCUUAGCUGAUUCUGUACGACACGGUGUGCAGCACCUGCUCUUCAUCUCUGGACUUGGUGGUAUGAGACCGAACACAUUGGUUCUGGGGUUUUAUGAUGACAUUCCUCCUCAGGACCAGCUCCAAGAUCGUUCGUUCCACUCGAGCAGAUCUGUGGACGACCCGAUGCUUUGCGAAGAUCCAGAAGAUCCUGUGUUUCAUUUUCCUCCUCUUAGAGGCAGUAUAGACGGAGCCUGGCAGGGGAAAGCCAUCGGGCCUCAGGAGUACGUCAGCGUGAUCGCGGACGCGGUGAAGAUGCUGAAAAACGUAGCGUUGGCGAGGUACUUCUGCCAGUUCGACCACACUCGAGCUCGUUACAAGACCAGCAGCGUUUUCGUGGACGUGUGGCCCAUCAACCUGCUCCGCCCUGACAGCUGCUCCUACGUGGACACCUGCUCGCUGUUCCUUCUCCAGCUCGCCUGCAUCCUCAACAUGACCAGGGCGUGGCGCAAGGCCAGGCUCCGCCUCUUCCUCUGCGUGGAGACUGGGCGGAGUCUGAAGGAGGCGGAGCGUAAGCUGGGUCAGCUCCUGAAGGAUCUCCGGAUGAAGGCGGACAUCUACACAGUGGUGUGGGACGCUCAGGUGGCGCUGCACUGGCAGAGACAGAGCGCCUCCAAACAACGCAAGAGGGACAGAGGAGAGGCCGAGGAGGAGGCGGAGCUAGAGCAAGUAGAGGAGGAGGAGGAGGAGGAGGAGUAUGCUAAUGGUUACCAUUGCAACAGUUCCCGCCUUACAGAUGACUACUUGCUUGCAGUAAAUAGGCUGAUCAGUGAGCAGCCCUGCCCCCCACCUGCCGUGCGUUUCCUGUAUUUGCCCCGCCCACCAGCCGACACGCGCAGGUACUGUGACUACCUGCAUCAGCUCGAGCUGCUGAGCCGUGACCUCGGACCUACGCUACUCAUCCACGGGGUCACGCCAGUCAUCACCACUGACCUCUGACAUUGACCUCGACCUUGAACAUGUAUAGAGAACAGACGUGUGGAGUGACGAGUAAAAAAAUCUUCUUUUAUUCCCUUCAUCUCUCCUCACGCAGAGACGGGACUGUGUCUGGACCUUACUCAUCAUAACACCACGUGAUACACCACCCACACACGUGCACGUGUCAUCCCUCUGUCCAACAACUGACUCACGUCACAUCUCCACGUCUCUACUCUCACUGCACUUAGAAAUCCUCUGUUUAUUAUUUUAAUCGCAGAAAACGUGUUUUUUACUGGCACACACACACACACACACACACACACACACACACACACACGUUGCUUCCUCUGUCUUUUCCUAUCAGGAGUUCAGGAUCAACACAGAGAGAGAAGUCCAAUGAUUUUAUUUAAUUUCUCUACAAUACAGAACUGCAGGUGAAACACACACACACACACACACACACACACACACACACACACACACACACACACACACUGUGAUUUGUACUAAUGAAAUGGAUUUAGUUUUGUUUCAUUGCAGAUGUUUGAUUAAAAUGGAUGUUUGUAAAUAAUUGAUGUGAUAAAUAAAGCUGUAAUAAAUCUGUGA